UUUUUCAUUGGUUACCGAGAGCGAGCCAUUUUCCUCUGACAUAUUGAAGAAGUAGAGCAUUUCGUUAUAAGUUACUUGUCAGUGUGCAGAAGUUAAGAGAAUCGCUGGUGCGCAUUUUGAAGCAUGGAACUUAAAGAAACAAUGUUAAAAUCGUUUGAGCAAAACAAAAACGCCGUGCUGUUCACUGUCGGGGCAGGAGUUGCACUGCUUGGACUGGGGCUCGGAUACAAGCACAUAUGGAAACCAAAAAAGUUAACUCAGGUCGGCGUUGUUGCGCAACUGAUUAUUCACCCCCUUAAAUCCGGGAAAGGCCUGCAAGUGUCAACAGCGGAAUGUCUGCGUAUGGGCCUUAAAUAUGGAGAACUCCAUGAUCGCCACUGGCUCGUGAUCACAGAAGAUGGACAGAUGGUGACGGGGCGGCAGGAACCUCGCAUGGUGUUGCUGUCAAUGACGACACAGGCAGGAGAACUCUGCCUAAACGCCCCUGAUAUGGAGGAGCUAAGAGUUCCCGUGCACCAGACAAGCAAUGACGUAACGAAUUGUAGGGUGUUCGGUGCGGAUAUCCAGGGAAGAGACUGUGGGGAGCAGGUCUCUCAGUGGCUCACACGCUACCUCGCUGCGGGGAAGACCUUCCGCAUGGUGCACUAUGAGCCUCAGAUGAAGCCCAGGAAGUGUGUGAAGAUAGAGUCGCCCUUUCCCGCAGAUGAGGAGGUGGCAUAUCCUGACGCAGGCCCUGUGAUGCUGCUGUCUGAGUCCUCUGUGAGGGAUCUGAGCAGCAAGCUGGAUAAGGAUGUGACUGUGUCCCAAUUCCGUCCCAACAUCGUUGUCAGUGACUGUGAGGCCUUUAGUGAGGAUUCUUGGGAUGAGAUCCAGAUUGGGAAUGUUCGUAUGAAGCGGGUUAUGGCUUGUGGAAGGUGCAUCUUCACCACCGUCGACCCAGAAACGGGAGUCAUCAGCAGGAAAGAGCCACUGGACACUCUGAAAAGCUACCGUCAAUGUGACCCAUCAGAGAAGAAGAUCUAUAAAACAGCACCCUUGUUUGGACAGUACUACAUUGUCAAACAGACUGGGAUCCUUCAUGUUGGGGAGCCCGUCUACAAGAUAAGCUACUGAGAUUAUGUGGGUGCAAUAUCAAACUACUGCAUGUUGUUAAUGUUAAUGUUAAUGUCAGUAGUUUUCAUACGCUUUAUGCCUCAUUUGAUUCUAUGUCUGGGAUAUCCAGCAUGCUCUAGGUAUACCUGAUGAAGAUGAUUUAAUGUGCUUUAGUUUUGUUUAAUUAUUCACUAGCUGUCUAGGGUGUUAAUACAUUGUAGAAUUUAGGACAUUUUUGUAAAUUUUUAUGAAGAGAAAUAAAUGAUAUCAAAUUAGUUGAUGAUUACUUGAUUUUGAUGUCAGAAUGAAUUCUUCUCUUUUCUUUUCUUUUUUCUUAAUGUUAUACCACACAAUGUAUUAAAUCUGAAACAGAGAUACUUCACCUUCAAAAUAUAGAUCUUCCCAUCUGUUCCUAGAGGGUUUAC